AACAAAAACAUAUCACGAAAAGUAGAAUAAUACAGGUAAAAAUCUUGCGAGUACCGCUUCCAAGCGCCAAGCUUAUCUUUACCAAAGAAAAACUUUAAAAAAUUUUUUUGACUCGUCUAAAUCAGUGUUCUUCAACCUUGGGUCCGCGGACCCAAAAAUUUCCUUCAGGUCCGCGAAAAAUUUCUUAGACUGCCAGAAAAUUUUGUAAUAACAAAAUAAUAUUUUAAACCUGUAAUUAAUUAAUAUAAACUGUUUUUAUUUAUUUAUUUUUUAAUUAUUAAAAUUGUUUAAAUAAAGUUACGGCAGUCGCGUGCGUCUAAGCAGUUUUAAGUCUAAGAAAAUUUAUUAUUCCAGUAUAUAUUUUAAAAAGUGACAAUUCUAACAAAUGCGGUUGCAACUUUACGUAAAAUAGAUUUUAUUACUGCAUUUUUGAAACGACGCAGUUACAUUACCGAUGCGUCAUUGCUAUCCACAUUAUUGUUAUUGUGAUUGUGAUGUCAUACAUUUAAAAUAACGCUAUAAAAAUAAUAACUACGACCGAUAAUUGCGAAUGAAGUCGCGUAGCUCUCGUUUGAUAGCAAAAUAAAUAAAAUGCGAUGGCCGAUUAACUACGCAUCGUUUGAUUUUAUCCGGUAGGUGGCGCUUGUGUUAUCAACAUGGCGGGUGGAAAGAAACAGUCGAAUGUUUCUAGCAAACUAAAAUGGCAAAAUUAUCAAGGAAAAAGAGGUCAGGGCGCGGGGAGAAAACCCGUAUCGGAGCAAGCAACGGUUAAACAAUUUACCCUUCUGUUAUUUAUGCACAUUUGUAGAAAAAUAGUUCUAAUCAAACCCGAUUUGAAAGUGAGCAUUUACUUUGGUGCUUUAAUGUUCGGUUCUUUGGUUUGUGAUUUCAUUCCAGUGCCUAGAUCUUACAUGGCUCGGAAGGACAACGUAUUCAAUAAAUAUUUUGUCAAGUUGGGAUGGGGAUGGACUCUGUGCGUCGUGGGAACUUUCGUUUUUCUAACCAGUUGGACUUACUGCUGCGGCAAUGCGGUCAGAGUUCGCAAACAUUUGAGUCGCGUCUUGAUCAGCACGGUCGCUUGGUACUGCUGGACGACACUUUUCGUCUUCAUCGAAACUUGGACCGGAUACUGUACUUCGGAUAGAUACUCCACCAGGUUGUCUUGCAUGAGACACGGGCACCGUUGGACCGGGUUCGAUAUUUCCGGGCACGCAUUUCUUCUGGUCUACAGCAAUUUAUUUCUGAUGGAGGAAGCAAAGUGCAUCCGCGGUUGGGAGAGAAUUGGAGAGCUCAUUCGGAAUGAAGAGUUUGACGAAAACAGCCCGUUGCGUAAACUGGAGGAGCGGGAAUUGAGUAAUUUAAAGAAUUCGUAUGAAAAAUACACGGUAUUCAUCAAAGCGCUGUUUAUCUUCAUGACUGGAUUGUAUAUUUUGUGGGACGUUAUGUUGAUAGGCACGAUCCUGUACUUUCAUACGAUGGUGCAAAAAGUGGCGGGAGGAAUAAUUGCAGUGGUCACCUGGUUUUUUACGUAUCGGGUGUGGUAUUGCGCGGAAUCUUCUCCCGGUUUGCCGGGACAGGGUCCGUUCAAAUACUCUGAACUUCACAGGAUUCCCAGAAUCUUUAAUCCUGCUGAUAUUCAGUAAAUUUAUUACUUUUGAAAACUUUUAAUGUUUUUAUACUUGGUUUUUCUUUGUUUUGGUGUGUGGAAUUUAUACUCAUUUUGUCACAACUAAAAGUGAAUUGUUGAAAAUAAUUAGCAACGUUUAUUGGGAAAU